CACACCCCGUCCUCUUGAAGGGGAGCGAGCCCACACUGAAAAGUUCUAAAGGAAAAUCGGAAAACCCCUCAGAGUAUUUAUCUUUUCCCGAAGUCACAUUGAUGAAUUUUUCGUUGCGUGUGACUUUCAUAGAGUUAGUUGUCUGCAAAAGGAGACAACUUGCCGUGCCGAGAAAAUACAUUAAGAAAUAGCCAUUAAUUCGGUCUCAAUUGAAAUCAAUUGAAGUGAAUUAUCUCAAUUCCAUCUAAAGUCAAAAGAUAAAUUGGCCAUAAUUCGCCGGCCGUUGAAAAAAGCUUUCGAUUUCCACUAAGAACUCAGUCUAUUACGCGAUUCUCUUAGCAUAUUUCACUCAGUCGCGGGUAUAUCAAUUUUCGCUUUCGUGCAAUUUUGCAUAUGUGUAUUAUGAAACAUCGAGUGUGCUGUUGAUUCACCAGAAAGAAAAAGUUCACAUUUCGUGUUUAGUGCUUCGUACAUUUAUUGCGAUGAACAAUUUGGGUAUAUCUACGGAUCCGGCACUCUUGAGUGUUGAUUUGCCGACGUCACUAACAGAAUCCCCCUCGGUUACCACCUUUUUGCCGGAGGAGGAUGCCUCCACGUGUCCUUUGUUGCCCAACACCCCGUCGCCACCCCCGCUCGCGUUCUCACAUCCUCUGACACCAAGCGUGGACAAUGAAAGCAACGAUUCGGUCAACUGCGAAGACACGAAAGCAGAAACAAGUUCAUCAGGAAGUAGCUCGGGGAUUGCAAUGGAUGCUCCUGAUGCAGCCGCCACAAGUCUGUUCAAUAAACAUGCCUACCAUCAUUUGGGAAAGAAUGGCGACAUUGCGAUACAGGAAAAUGGACUAAAACAAAGUGGUCUGCUGAACAUCCCCAUUACAAAGGACACACCCAGCUUUGUCUCCUGGAAUUGGCCAUUGAUUCGAAAAUGUACAUUUUUCCUAUUCAUGUCAAGCCUCCUGGCCAUGUGUGCUCUCGUGGUUGCUAUGAUAAUAAUGCUGCCAAAAACAUGCAAUCCAAGGAUAAGUUGGUUCAAAGGAAGCGUUUUCUAUGAAAUAUUCCCGGCGAGUUUUCAAGAUUCCGGAAAUGAUGGAUUGGGCGACCUCCGAGGCAUUGCUUCUCGUGCUGAAUACUUCCAAAGCAUCGGCGUCGGUGCAAUCCGGCUCAAUUCAAUAUUCCCUUCGCAACAUUAUCCUGACCACUACGAGAAUAUUUCAACAUUAACAGCUAUUGAUAAGACAUUAGGCAACGAAGCGGAUUUUAUGCAUAUGAUCAACAUCCUGCACAUGCGGAAUGUAUCCGUAGUCUUAGAUUUACCCAUUUACCCAUAUUUGAAUCAACUGGGAAUUGCGGAGAUUGUUAACGUGUCGUUAACUAACGAAACUAUAACCACAACCAAAUCGUCCUUGGAAAGUAGCAAUGUUAUCACACAAGCUAUGAGGUACUGGUUGGCUCGAGGUGUUGAUGGUUUCUAUGUGAAGGGAUUGGAGCACUUCAUCGAUGAUCCCAAUUUCGAGGAUAAUAUCGCCGAAUGGAAGUAUGUCUUAGGAAGUGACCGAGUGUUGAUGAUUAAUAAGAAGGUUCUUGAGAAGAUGGAUAAAUUCAGUGCUGCACAGAUUAUGAAGUAUAUUGAUUUGGUUGAAGUAUUCUUAGAUAUAUCGAACGGAACCCAAGCUGUUUUUGAGGAAAUUACAGCCACACUAUCCAGUUCGCUUGCACCUGAAUUAAGUGGUCCAUGGAUACAGUGGACUUUAGGAGGAGUUGGCGAGCAGCGUAUGUCCCGAGAUGCCUCACCAAAUGUAACUCUCGCAGCCAACUUGAUGCAGCUUACACUACCGGGUACCCCAAGCAUAUUCUAUGGGGACGAAAUUUCACUGCAAGAAUCACAUGAUCCUCACAAUGAACACAGCGAAACCAAGCACAUGCACCAUCUGUCUGCCAUGAUGUGGAAUGGUACCCAGCAGUUUACGAAUCGUGAAACUCUGCCAUGGCUUCCGCAAGGUGCUUCAGCAUCUAUGCAUCACUUGGAACUGAUAUCCGAAAUGAUAAAUCUCCGCGAUCGAUCACCAUCUAUCUACCAAAACGCAAUUGCGAAGGAAUCUAAGACUACCUCGAAUACCAACGUUCAGUAUCGACCUGAAAACAUUUUGAUCAUAGAACGAUGGUAUCCACGUCGAAAUAGUUUUGUAGCCAUCACAAACUUUGGCAAGGAGUCGGUAACUAUGGAUUUAACCACUUUCUUUUAUAGUGGUAAAACUAUACUGGGCGGGAUGGAGGACGAAGAGAAAGUAUAUUUCAAUAAUUUCGAAAUUGGUCCACUCAAAACUGUAAUUGUUAAAUUAGAUAAGUGAGGAGAAAGGAGAUAAGGAGGCGCUUCUAUAGUAUUAAGACUUUCUCAUCGGAUUUGAAUCAAAUAUCAUAAGUUAUUGUAUUUAUUGUUGAGAUUUUUUAUAUGAAAAAUUAUAUUUUGAAAUGCAAAAUCAAUAAAUGAAAUAAUUUUAUUUAAAA